ACAAUAUAUUUAUUUUCCACAGUUAAUAUGGGACAGUAUGCAUAUGAUCCAUAUGGAAGCAACAGUGAUACACAAAGACUCGCCGAGGAAAGUGAAGAGAUGACAGCACAUCUGAAAGAUAAAGUCAAGGCAUUAAAGUCGUUGACAAUUGACAUAGGAACUGAAGUACGAAGCCAAAAUAAGAUGUUAAACAAUAUGGAUGAUGAUUUUCACAAGUCUGGCAACUUCCUGGAGCGCAGCAUGAAACGUUUAGGUAUUAUUAGUAAAGGUUCUCAUAACUACCACUUACUCAUCCUCUUUGCUUUUUGCUUUGUUGUAUUUCUUUUGUUGUGGGUGGCUUUAAAAUUUAGGUGAUCAGUUUAAUAAAUAAGGCAUCCUUGUCUAGAAUUUCAUCUGUUCCACAUGAAAGAUUUUAUACAUCAUUAACAUUAAUAUGGGUAUAUUUAUAUAUAAAAAAUUUCAACAUUUUAAGGUACAGUAGUUUAGUAAUGCAUACAAUUAGAACACCUUCCUUUAAAACAUUUUGGUUCUGGGAUCUUGAAAGAUUUUCUUUAAAGGUGUCCUGAGUGCAUUUAUGUCCAUGCCCCAAUAGUAGUCGGCAUUUGAUGCCUUCUUACUGCAGGUAGUUCAUUAAUUUUAGUUUAGCUCUUGUCCACUGCAGUACUUUGUAAGCAUUAUCACGUUGAAAAGCUAAUUUCCCUCAUUAUUUACAUUCGCUAUGUAUUUUAUGUACAGGUCAGCCAUGACUAAUCCGGCAAUUAGUUAUCUGGUUCCAUCAGUAAUCCAACACUAAUGUCGGUUAACAUAAUUUCAGAUCUCAUCAUUAUACUGACUGAGAUCAUUAUAUUGACUCAAAUUUCAUCAUUAUGCUGUCUCAGAAAUUGUGCAGAUAGUUGUAAAUCCACAGCAGCAAGCCAGUGGAGGAGAAAUCAGUGAUGAAAAUUGAGGAAGAUGUAGCAGUCUCUCUAUUGGUAGGUUAACCCCUUGACUUGCAACCCCCAAUCCUGAGGUGUCUCCUGGUGUCGCAAAAUUUAAAAAAAAAAUAUUUUUUUCUUACGAAAUGAUAGAGAAUCUUUUCCUGAUUGUAAUGACACCAAAAAAAUUAAAUUUGAUGGAAAACUGAUGGAAUAACGCUCUCACGAAGUUAGCGACCUCGGCGAUAUUUACAAAUCGGCAAUUUCGCCCACUUUGAGCCCUAUUUUCAGCUAAUUACAUUGUUUCAGUCUACCAAACUCAUUGCUAUUUCUUUAGAACUUCAUUUUUUCUAUCGAUUGAGUACAGGAAACUGCUAUUUACCGAUUUCAACUACCCAAUAACAUGGUCAGAAAUUUACAAUUUGGCCAAUUUCACGAAAAUUAAAAAAUAUGACGAUUUCUAAAUAAGGUCCAGAAUGAACAAUGCAGACAUUCCUGGCUCUAAAAUAACAUUUUCUUUGUUCAUCAGUCAUGUCUCCAGGCCCCAUCUGAUAUUACUCUUGCUUUCUGUUUUGAAUUUUUAUUCAAACAAAAAAUAGAAGAUUUACUGUUAUGCAGACUACUGCAAUAUUGUAAUAAUUGUACAAAUAAUGUCAACCUAUUCAUGACUGCAUAUUAGAAUGGCUAGUUGGACAUUUAUUGGACAAUGACAUCAUUUGUUUACUUUUGAGCAUCAGCAAACAUCAAACAUUUCCCCUACUUUGAACUCCAUUUCCAGGUUCUUUUUAUAGUAAAACCAAUCAAAAUCACCUCUAUUUCUAAAAUAUGUUUUCCAUUCUAUCAAAUGAGACCAAGAAAACAAGAAUAUAACCAUAAAUACUAUACAAAAAUAGACCACAAAAUCGGCAUUUUAAUUAAAAAAACGGUCGGAGUUUUUUUUUUUUCUCAUUAUGCACUGCGUGCUCCAGGAUUUUUUUAUAUGGUGCACACUGACCACACAGACCCAUUCUCUCACAUGUGGCCCUACCAGCUUUCUCCUGCUUGAUUUGAAGCGCUAGAAUUUAUGAGUAUAUAUACGUCAAACAGGGUACCUCAUAAGACGUAUAUAUAUGACCGAAACAGUCAAAGGGUUAAUUAAGUGCAUUCUGACCUAACCACUCUGUAAUUCAGCAAACUCACUAAUCCGGCACACUACAGGUCCCAUGAUGCCAGAUUAGUGAUGGCUGACCUGUAUUGAAUAUUGUACAUGCCAUAAUAUUGAUCAGGAAUGUAAUUUAAAGCAAGGUUCACUUUAAUAUCUAAUUGAUGUAUGUACUAUGUUUAUAUGCUGAUAUUUUAUAUUACAUGAUCAUGUCAUUAAAGUAUACAUGUAAUUUAAUAAUUGCACAAUAUACAUUGAGCAAUGUUUAUGCACAAACAUUGUACAUGCAUUCAAGUGAAAUAUAAGGCAAGAAUGUGCCACAGGAACAUCUGGAAAUAUGUUAUCACCCAGAAUCACAAUAAGUGGGAUAAUCUAGAUGAGGAAGUGAUAUACUCAUUACACAGUUUUAAAGAUAGUUAAACUGAGAAAAAUAUUUUAUGUCAGUAUAAUUUUCCUUGUUUUCUCACUAUAAAAAUUUUACAAGUGGAAAAAUAUUAUUUUUUAUUACAAGAAAUUAAUCAUUACAGUUACCCAUAAUACCUUGUUAAUGCCCUGUAGUUUACCUUGUUUAGGGCCUGUUCUUAUGAUAUUGUAACCUUUAUAAAAUGGCAGAGAUUUAUUUUGUGAUAAUAUACAAGAUAUAUACUGUAGUAUUUUGUUUCACUUAAC